AUGAAUUUCAAGCUCGCAGCCUUUGUCGCAACAUGUGUUGUGCAGGCCUGCGCUUCCAAAAGACAUGAAGUGUCCAAAUGGUAUCCCUGUCCCCUUUUCUCUAAAACUGUGGGUCUUGAUAACGAAACAGCAGCUCUGACAGCAGAGUGUGGCAGAUUCUCGGCACCUCUGUGCUACUCUGACGUCUGUACAGCACCAGAGAGUGUGAAUCAGACGAUUGAAAUUUUUGUAAAACGACUUCCUGCCUUUGAGCCCGAGACUGCUAAUAAUUUAUGGAUUCUGGACGCGUCCGUCGAACAAAGAAAGUAG